AUGGUCGAGCUCUGCUGCCAUGUCUCGCCUACUCUGGCGGACGCCAGCGCCGCCGCCGCCACCAAUGGCAUCACGACGCAGAGGGCGCGGCCUCUUUCUUUCUGCAGCGCAUGCUACUCUAAUCACAUAAUAGCGACAGCAACCUCCUCGAGCUUGCAACGCGUACGCAACCGCACCAACCUCGCCCCUUUGCUCCCCGCCCAUCCACCGCCGCCAUGGCGACGACACCUCCUCCCGACGCACCUUUACCGCCACCGCCGCGCGACCCGACAGAGUCAACCUAUUCCGCGAAAUGGUCGACGCGCGCUUCAAGCAAGUCGCGCCUUCGAAACAACCCUGGCGAAGCAUCGAAAGGAGAUGAACUCGUUUGGCAUCGCGAGCCCUGAGAACCUGAAAAAGGAGGAGCAAGCCUUUAUGCGGGAGCUCAAGACGGCCUUUGACAUGGCCGAGAACGGCCGCUUGGGCUCGCGCAUCUCCCUCUUCAACUCGCUCCGCCUCGCCUUCAUCCGCGGCGACCCCGUCACCGACGCCCAGCGCCAGCUCGCCGACCUGCGCUUCCCCUGGGAGUGGUUCCCCGCCACCCGCGCCCUCCAGCGGACGGUGCACGUGCACAUUGGCCCGACCAACUCGGGCAAGACGUACCACGCGCUCAAGGCGCUGGAGAACGCCGAGUCGGGCGUGUACUGCGGGCCCCUCCGCCUCCUCGCCCACGAGGUGUACACGCGGCUCAACGCCAAGGGCAAGCCGUGCGCCCUGGUCACGGGCGAGGAGCAGCGCUACCCAAAGGACACGGACAAGUACUACAUUAGCUGCACCGUCGAGAUGACGCCCACCAACCAGGUCAUGGACGUGGCCGUCAUCGACGAGAUCCAGAUGAUUGCCGACCCGGACCGCGGCUCCGCGUGGACCGCUGCGUUUUUGGGCGUCCAGGCCAAGGAGGUCCACCUCUGCGGCGAGGAGCGCACCGUCGACCUGAUCCAGUCGCUGUGCGCCAGCAUCGGCGACACCUGCAUCGGCGACUGCAUCGUCGCCUUCUCCCGACUGGCCAUCCACAGCCUCAAGGCCGGCAUCGAGCGCCGCACGGGCCGCCGCUGCGCCGUCAUCUACGGCAGCCUGCCGCCCGAGACGAGAGCCCAGCAGGCGGCCCUCUUCAACGACCCGGACAACGAGUACGAUUUCCUGGUCGCCAGCGACGCCAUCGGCAUGGGCCUGAACCUCGAGAUCAAGCGCGUCGUCUUCGAGUCCGUGACCAAGCACGACGGCUUCGACUGGCGCACCCUCACCAUUUCCGAGAUUCGUCAGAUUGGCGGGCGGGCGGGCCGCUACAAGACGGCGCGCCACGACCUGGUCGUGGACGACGGCACCGCCACAGAAACAGCGGAAGAGGAAAAAGUCGGCCGCCAUGAUCAUCCCGCCCAUGGCCUUUAUCGAGCGGUUCUCGACCUACUUUUCCCCGACACCCCGCUCUCCUUCAUCCUCAUGCGCAUGCGCGAGCUCGCCUCCGUCACGGACCGGUUCCAGCUCUGCAUCCGCGACGGCUUCCUCACCAUCGCCGACAGCAUCCAAGAGUUUCCCCUAUCCAUCUACGACCGCCUCGUGCUCAUGACGGCGCCCGUCUCCCUACGCACAGACGGCGGCCCGGAGAUCCUCCGCGCCAUUGCCCGGUGCAUCGCCGAGCGCGCGGGCGGCCACCUCCUCGCCAUCCAAGAGAUUCGCCUCGAGCUCCUCGAGGUCGACCUCGCCGCCCUGCCCUCGGCCCAAAAGACGGCCUACCUCCAGCAGCUCGAGGCCCUCCACCAGGCCGUGGUGCUCUACCUGUGGGUCUCGUACCGCUUCCCCGCAUCUUCACCUCCCAGCCCCUCGCGUUCCACGUCCGCGGCCUCGUCCAGGACAAGAUCAACGACGCGAUCGCAUGCAAAGGAUAUGCUCGGCGCCGAGGCUGCCGAGGCCGUUCAGAUCGAGGAAGGGCCUGGUCGUUGGGAGGAAGAGGGCCACGAGGAGCCCUUGGCGCAGACGCCCGAGGAGAUUUCGGACCUGGCCAAGGCGGAGAACGCUUCGGCGAAUGCGUAG